GCCAUCUGAGUGUGCCAUAUAUAUAUGUACGAUGAUCAUGACCUGACAACGAAGACUGCCGGAAGUAGACCAAUUAACAUCAAUCAACAAAAUGGCGUCUUCAAGUGCUGACUUGGAGAUAAGCGUGAAUUAUCUACGCCGUAUUUUGAAUUUUGAAGAUGAACAAAUACUUGAAUGUCUUACUACAUUAUCAAACGAGCUACACAGAUUCAUGAAUUCUGCUGAACUCACGAAUGAAGCCAUCGAAAUUCUUACUCAUCUUGUUGCAUGUGCAUCACGGAGUGAACAACAGUCGUCACGACAAAAAGUUCUUCAACUUCUCCAAUCAAUGACUGAAUCACCGGUUUUGAACAACAAUGGAGCAAAACUACUAAUAUUAAAAAGUAGCAAUUGCAAGAAUUUCCAUUCAUACCAAUGCCUUCUUAUUGAUUUUCUUUUUAUACUUCAAAAAUUAAACGGGACGAUUCCAUCAGCACUUAAUACGCCACAAAAAAUUGGACUGGUUUCUCUUCUCAAGAAAGAAAUUGAAGGAUCUGAUGAUUUGAAGAAUGAUCAACAAGUUUUAGAAAAUAUCAAUGAACUUCAGAAAUGUCUGAUAAGAAAACUUACAGAAAGGGCUGAAGCAGCAAGAAAUUUCAUGAAGAGAGAAAAAGAUUCCGAGGAUUGGUUAAAACCACCUGACGACUUCCGGUGUCUCUCUGUAAUGCCACAGGAAGAGGAUCUACUGUACCAAACGUUGUUCCUCCGACGGAACAAAGCUAAAGGUAAAUACAAUGAUCUAGACCACUACUUAGACGUUCAGUUUCGACUGUACAGAGAGGACUGUAUUGUACCACUACGAGAUGUCUAUGAAGAAUUCAUUAAAAAAGAUGCAGAAAAUGAGAAUUUCCGAUUAGAAAAUGGACGUAUCUACAGAGAUGUCAACGUAAAAAAGGGAAACAAGUACUUCGAUAGAUCAUGGCGAAGUAUUUAGUAUUCAAUUGGAUGACGAACAUAGACAGCGUAUCCGCUGGAACAAUUCAAAACGACUGAUAUUCGGAUCAGUUUUGCUAUUGUCAUUUGAUCGUUUCAAAUCGACCUUAUUUGUAUUAGUUUCCGAAUCUAAACCAGACGAGAUGAAAGAGACAGGUACUUUUAGAAUUAAGAUUUUCAGAACUAGACUGAAUCAGCAGAUACCCCGAGAAACCCCAGGAAUACUACUCGAAGCAACAUCCGCAUAUUUUGAGGCAUAUCAUCAUGUUUUGACCGCUAUGCAAUCAAUUAAAGAAGACAACUUACCAUUUAAGAAAUAUAUCGUUUCUUGCAAUAGCUCUGUUGGAAUGCCAUUCUAUCUUGCCAUUGAUCCUGAUAUAAAAUUUGAUUUAGGACCAGUGCUAUCUGUAUAGCACACCAAACACGAGUCCAGUGACAGUUCUGAUGACGAGAAAGUGUUUGACGUAGAAAUAAGUCCAUUGCUGACAGGAAGAGAAAAAAGGACGAAAAAAAUGUAUUUCGAAGAAUAUAUGAUGAAGGUGACAGAUAAAGAUGAAUGGCCAUCUGAAGAAGAACUUGGAAUGGACGAGUCACAAAGGAAAGCAUUUAUCUCCUCUCUAACAAAAGAAUUUGUCCUGAUUCAAGGACCCCUGGCACUGGAAAAACAUACAUUGGUCUGCAAAUUGCAAAAACAUUGCUUCACAACAGAGAAAAAUGGAAAAUAAUACGAGGUUAUGAUCAAAAUGGAGAAAGGAUUGAGAGGAAACAAUGCCUCUUAAUUGUUUGCUAUACAAAUCACGCUCUUGAUCAGUUUGUUGAAGGAAUUAUUGAUUUUAUUCCUGAAAAAGAAUUAAAUAAUGAAAUUCCAUCUGUAAUAAGAAUUGGAAACCAAAGUAAAAAUGAGGCUGUUAACAAAUAUUCUAUAAAACAUCAGCGGCAUAAAGUUCAAAGAAGACAGCAUGCUCAAGAGGUGCUUGAAGAAGCUAAUCGUACAAAAAAUACUAUUUUAUCUAUUCGUGCAGUAUUAAAAAUCAUUCAAGGCCAGGACAUUGUUCUCCAUUUUCGACAGUUGAAGAAAUUUAUGUCAGAACGCCAUGUUCAUAAUUUUCAGAACGAUCCCUCAAAUGACUGGUUAGACUGGAUUCAUAUUUCUUCAAAAUCAUGGUUUCUAGAAGUUCAGAGGAAAAGGUCACAUACCUACGCAAACGAAAAGCCGUCAAAACUAAAAUCAGUGCAAAUUUACAGCAGCCUGUUACUAACAUAGUGACAAAAGCCGAAUACGAAUACAGUGAAAGGUCAUUAGAUGAGAACGUAGAAUUCAAGUUUAAUGAGAAUUCGAUCGGCAUUAAUGUCAACAAUCAGUUAAGUGAGAUCUUAACCGACUUGCAAGACCGAACAUGUAUACAAAUUUUACACGAAGAGGCCGAAAUAGUUUCAAUUGAGUUAAAAUCAAGUAUUACAGCAAAUCACAAUUUGAUUGAGAGAACGGAAAACUUGUGAAAUCUUUCUUUUGAGAAUCGCUGGAAAUUAUAUCGCCAUUGGCUUCGAAAGUAUGUCGAAGACCUCAAAGAAAGGCUUAAGAUGAAAGAGAACGAGUUCAAUGAAAUAUUUGAAGAUUACAAAAAGGCCAGAUUAGAGAUGGACGAGGAAAUCUUAAAACAUGCAUCUGUUAUCGCUAUGACUACAACUGGUGCUGCGAAAUACCAUCAGUUGCUGAUGCAAAUAGGCCCCCAAAUAACAAUCAUUGAGGAAGCUGCAGAGGUACCAGAAGCUCACAUCGUGACUGCAAUUAAUCCAACAUGCGAACAUCUAAUUUUGAUCGGUGAUCACAAACAAUUAGAACCGAAACCAGCGGUUCGUGAAUUAGCAACACGGUUCAACCUUUCGCUUUCAUUGUUUGAGAGAAUGCUCAACAAUGUAUCCUAAGCUUUAUGACAAUAACAAUGUUCUAGAGUAUGACAAUAUCAAAGGUAUUUGACAAAAUCUGUUUUUUAUUACUCAUAAGUACGGCGAACAGUACAAUAGAGAUGGUAAAAGUUUUUCAAACGAGCAUGAAGCAGAAUAUGUGAAAGAACUUUGCACUUAUCUGUUGAAUCAAGGCUACAAACGAAGUGAAAUUACUAUUCUUGCUGCGUACACAGGUCAGAUGUUUUUAAUACGAAGCGAAAUGCCCAGAGUUCACUUUGAAGGAGUUAAUACAUGUGUAUUGGACAACUACCAGGGAGAAGAGAAUGGGAUAAUAUUAUUGUCUUUGGUGCGCAGUAAUGAUAACGGUGACAUUGGAUUUUUGAGGCGUGGAAAUAGAAUUUGUGUUGCUUUAUCAAGAGCGAAGAAGGGUCUUUACAUUAUUGGUAAUAGUACAACACUGACAAAAGAUUGUAAAGAAUGGCAAACAGUGGUACAGAAAAUAAAGUCAAAUAACAAAGAAGAUACGAACCAUGAAUUUCCAAAGCCAGAUUGUGGAACGUCAUUUGGUAAAGCUUUACCAUUGUACUGUCAAAACCACCCAGAACAAGACGGUAUUCGAGCCGAAUUUCCAGCAGAUUUCACAAGAGCACCAGAAGGUGGAUGUGAACUAUUUUGUGGAAUGAAAUUGGAAUGUGGUCAUGUUUGUCACUUGAGGUGUCACCCAUACGAUAAAGACCACGUAGUGUAUGAAUGUAGAAAAAUGUGCUUAAAUGAAUGUGAAGAAAAUCAUAAAUGUAACAAACACUGCCAUUUUCCGAAAAUCUUGUGAUUGUGAAGUUAUAAUGGAAAGGACACUACUGUGUCAUCACAAAGCAAAGCUCAAUAUUGCUCCUUCAGAACACCAAUGCCUCAUUGAAGUUUUGCGUACGUUAUCAUGUGACCAUAAAGUCAUCUUGAAAUGCCAUAUAGACUAUGAUAAAUAUAUAUGCAGAGAAACUGUUACUUGUAUACGAGCCCUGUAGUCAUGAAUAUGAACGAAAAUGUUACGACAUUGAUUUUGAACGUAUACACAGGUGUGAAAUAAAAGAUUAUAAAGCUCUUAAAUGUGGACAUAUAGAGAUUAUAAAAUGCUAUCAAAAUAGAGAUGGCUCAGACUUUUCCUGCACAAAGAAAUGCCUGAAACAAUGUGACAACAAUCAUAUUUGUGAUCGUGUAUGUCAUUUUCCUAACCGUUGUCUUUGUAUCGUAAAGAUGAAUAAAACAUUAUCACGGUGCGGUCAUAUUAUUCUGAUUAGAUGUUCGAAAGAGGUUGACAAAUUAUCAGUUUGCACCGAACAGGUAGAAUUUAUUCUUGAAAAAUGCGGACACCAUAAAAAAAUAGCUUGCAUUAAAAAGCACAAAAUUGAAACAGCUGAACCGAGGGAGAGAGAGUUAUACGAAAAGCGUACCAAAUGUCGUGAGAUUAUUUCAGUUGACUUACCUGAAUGUGGCCACACAAACCUGUGCGAAUGCUGGAUGUCGUUUAAAAUUAGAGAGGUCGGCAAAGGUAUGUCGAAAUAUAUACAAGAUAUGCAUAACCUGAAAUGUUCGAAGGAAGUUGUUUUUAAUUUAGAGUGUGGUCAUUCGAUAGCAACAGAGUGUUACAAGAAACUAAAUUACGAGAAGAACUCUGCAUUAACGCAAGCAGAGGGAAAAGCUGGAAUUGAAUGUGAAACUAUGGUUGAUCUAAAUUUAGUAUGUGGUCAUACAACCGCGGUCAAAUGCUUUGAACGGUUUCGAUACGAAAACAACAAAAAACGGAUCGCCUUAUCUAGAGCGUUUGCAAGAACAUAUACAAAUAUUAAAUGUUCAGCAAUUGUAGAUAUUGAGCUCAAUUGUGGCCAUAUAGGACAAACAACGUGUUGGGAAAAUAAAAACUGGACAACCUUGAAUAAACUUGUGAGCGAUUGCAAAGCACUUGUUGAAAUACAAAUGGACCAAUGUGGACACACGAAAAUGGUUGAAUGCUAUCAAAAGCACACCAAAUUCGAAUGUAAUGAAAAUUCUGUCUAUACGUACCCGAAGUGUGGACAUGAAAGGUACUUUGAAUGUUGUCAACAUCCAGAUAUGCACAAAUUGCAACUUAAAGCCUAAACUGCACUGAGAAGGGGUGGUUUGGGAAGGAGGUAUGAUUAUCGCGAUGAAAUCGACCGUAAAAUACCGUUAUGUGAACAUCUGAUAGACAAGCAACUGUCUUGCGGUCAUAAGAUAACUGUUCAGUGUAGAAUUUCCGACAACGCAGUUUGCAAUCAAAAGUGUGAACAAAUUUUAAUUUGCGGUCACUCUUGUACAAAUACAUGUACAUUAUGCGUAGAAAACAUCAUUUACAAAGAAUGCGAACGCAAAUGUGGUAAGCGUUUGUUCUGUGGUCAUAAUAGUGACAGUAAAACAUGUAUGCAAUGUAGACCGUGUGAUAAGUUCUGCUCUUUUUCGUGUGCUCAUGAUAUUUGCAAGCUAAUUUGUAGAGACAUUUGUGUUCCUUGCAAAAUGUCAUGCCCUUGGAAGUGCCCGCUCUAUCAAUGUUCGAAAUUAUGUUCAGAAGAAUGUGAUCGACCACUUUGUUCAGAAGAGUGUGAACAUAAACUGACUUGUGGUCAUAAAUGCCCAGGAUUUUGUAGCGAGCCAUGUCCAGUUUCUUGCAAGGGCUGCGAUGCAGCAAACUUUAUGGAAGGUAAUGAAGGAAUAAAAACCGUCACAAUAGAAAAAUGCGGACACUCAUUUGGGUAUAUGUUUCUCGAUAGACACAUGGAAACGACUGCUAACAACUUAACCUCCCAAUGUCCAGGUUGUGGGCAAGUUUUUUUAUUGGCAUCCACGGUAUGAUAAAAUACUAAAAAGGAAGAAAAUGUUAACAGAAGAAUUUAAGGAGAACUUUCAAAAGGUAACAAAACAGUCUAAUUACACAUUUCCAUUGUGUGAUUCAAAAAUUGUUCAACAAUUCCACAAUUAUAUUGGGUCAUUUAAUACCUAUGUACAAAUCAUCAGCUACAUAGCUCGAGACACGAAAAAAAUUGAGAUUAAGUCCCUUCAAGCAUAUGCUGAAAACAUUUUGAAGGAAAUGAAAAAGACAAAAAGUAAAUGCCUACAGAAUUUGAUAGAUAUAUAUGAUGCGAUAUUUCGUUUAUAUGUGAAUUGGAUGUUACAACUUGUAACAAACAAUGAAAAACUUCUUGAAAGAAAAUUCAAAAAUAAAAAUAUAGUCCAAAAUCAAGAUGAAAAUGAUAGCGCAUAUUCACAUGAUAUUCCUGAAGAUAAUAUAGAUUCCUCUUCUGAAUUCAUAGAAUUAAAGACAUCUAAACCUGUCAUAAAAGGUAUAAAGGGUAACGAUGGGGACACUAAAUUCGAAGUUAUUGAUCUAUCAGCUUUGUUUGAAGUUGAAGAGAUAUCACAAACGGAAGUCGAAGAAUGUCUAACUGGAUUAGACAUUGUGAGAAAGAUCGAAGACACAAUGAUUAGUAAUCGGAAAAGUGAAGUAAAAAGAUUACUAAAUAUUAUGAUUCCCUUUAUGAGAAAUGAACCUCAUUUUACAGAGGCAAUGCAAUGUCCACAACUCACCUCUGUUACGGCAAUUGGUGUCCACGAGAAAGACUGGAAAAUAUGCAAGCAAGGCCAUCUUACAUCGACCUUGAUUCAUCACAAUUGUUAUACUUGUUCUGCUGCUUCGACCUCAAAAGUGUUUGCAGAGUCGAAAGAAGGAGUUCUUUGGAAAACACAUUUCCAGUCUCUAACUGAAAACUCUGAAAGGGAUAGAUACCAUCAAGGCAAAGGAAACGUAAUGGGCGCACAGCAGAGAAGAAAUAAACGAAACAAAUCUAAUACAAAUAGAAUGUCUGAAACAUUUGAAAGGGAUACAAAACAAACAAACACCCAAGAAGUUCGUACACAUUUUCAAAGCAGUAAUCGUUCAUCAGAUAAUUUAACACUUCAGGAUUACAUUCAUCCAAAUACAGAUGGAGGUUAUUAUAGAGGAAACAGUCGCGGACGCGGGCGUGGUAGAGGCAAGAAAAAUCAACAAACAGUUGAGGUGGCUGGACGUUCAUUUCAAACUCGUUCAGCGGGAUAUCAAGGAUAUAAUACAGAUUUUAACUCUUCCGUUGGGCGACCAUAAAGAGGUUUCAG